UUUGUCGGAGUCGAAAGAACGAGACGAGUAGUACGACGACUCGAGACAAGUCUGACACGAAAUCUCUCGGCUUUCACCGUGAAAGCGACGUUCAAUUGUAAUCACAAUUAGCGUUCAUGCUUUUUUGAACGUAGAGACGCAUCAUUGCAUAUUAAGUUGUACAGAAAUAUUUUUUCUUAUGUGCAGUAUGAAUUCAAACUCACGAUUUAUGUGUGUACGUUGAUAAAUAAACACCUGCAGACCUGUCGUGUCAUAUAAUAUGUCGAGGAAGAAAUAAUCCACGACUGUGAACCGAGGAACGAUGAACGGUUUAUUUUAACAGUGCACGCGCAUUUCGAGCAACUCUCAACGAGAGGAAUAUACACGAUCGACGCAGCUGAGCGGAAAAAUAGGGGCUGACAAUAUUGAGGUGCGUCUGCGCGAGGUUUGAAUGAAAAAGCCCUCAGACACUCGGAAUCAUGAAGGAAGAAAUGAAAACGAUAAGCAUGUCCGGCGACAAUGAACCCAGUGAGACAACAGCGCUGAGACAAAAGCUCGAGUCAAUCGACGACAUGUUACCCUACGUUGGGAACUUCGGCAGAUAUCAGUGGUACCUUCUUCUUGCGUUGCUGCCCUACAGUAUUGCUUACUCGAAUCUCUACUUUUCCCAAAUUUUCUUUACCCUCGUGCCAAACGAACAUUGGUGCUAUGUUGAUGCGCUACAGGACACCAACAUGACUCAGGAAGAAAGGGUACUGAUUGCGAUACCAGAAUCCAACGUUUAUCCGUAUUACGACAAGUGUCGAAUGAAGGAUUUAAACUUUUCGAGGCUCGUAAGCAAUGAAAAGAAUUUUUAUUCGCCAAAGUGGCAAACUAACAGGACUGUGGAAUGUGACAACUGGGAAUACAACUUCACGCAAAUACCGUACAAGAGCAUCGGUGUUGAGCUAAAUUGGGUAUGCGAGAAAGAGUACCUCAUUUCGACGGCACAGGCGAUAUUUUUUGCUGGCUCUAUCAUCGGUGGUGUAUUAUUCGGAUGGAUCGCGGAUCACAGAGGUCGAAUACCGGCCCUUUUCUUGUGCUAUUUCGCUAGUCUUUUAGCCACGAUAGCCACUGCGAGCACUACCAAUUUUUGGUCCUUCGCUUUAUGCCGAUUCCUCACAGGACUCGCCUUCGAUAACUGCGUCAACAUUCCACUCAUCAUUGUUGUCGAGUACAUGGCCGUAAAGAGACGAACUUUGGUCUUUAACAUCGCUUUCGGCCUAUAUUUCGCUGCCGGUAGUACAAUCUUACCGUGGCUCGCUUAUUACAUUGCAAAUUGGAGAUACUUUGCAUACGUCAGUGCGAUUCCACUUUUCUGUGGCUUGUUUACACCGUGGAUAUUGCCGGAAAGUGCUCGCUGGUACGUCGCAAGUGGGAAGCUCGACAAGGUCGUGGAAAAAUUGCGUAAAAUCGCUAAGAUAAACCGCAAGAAUCCAGAUCCCCGGAUUUACCAACUUUUUUUUAGGAACGCCCACAAUGCGCAGAUUCAAACUGAAAGCGCAACGUUUCUCGAUCUUUUCAAAACGCCGCGUCUCGCCAGGAAUGUCAUAAUGCUGACAGCUUUCUGGUUCCUCACAGUAAUAGUAUUCGACGGACACGUGUAUUCUUUGAAACUUCUCCAAAGCAACGUUUUCGUCUCUUUCUCAUUAGCUUGUGCAACUGAAUUGCCAGCAGGCUUAUUACUCACUCUCACUCUUGAUCGGUGGGGCCGACGAUUCUGCGGUUUUCUGACCAUGGCCGCAACUGGAAUCUUCAGUUUUGGUGAAUUGUACCUCACUUCUGGCGCAGCUCAACUAUCGAUGUCGGUACUCGCUCGCUUUUCAUUGAAUAUGGCGGCAAACAUCGGUCUCCAAUAUGCUGCGGAAUUGCUUCCAACUCCGGUGCGAGCUCAGGGGGUUUCUUUGAUACAUAUUUUUGGAAUACUGGCUCACUGCGUCGCUCCUUAUCUCGUCGAUACGGCAAAAUACUGGACGGUUUUGCCGAUGUUGAUACUCGGUGUGAUUUCCUUUGUAACGGCAACUCUGGUGCUUUUCCUUCCGGAAACAUUGGGUCGCGAUCUUCCACAGACGCUCAGUCAAGGCGAAAAUUUUGGACGAGGUGACAAAUUCUGGUCGUUGCCUUGUUCUCAAAAGACGGCGGUGGAUCGACGCAACAGUCGAUCGAAAUAAUGCUAAAGAUCGUUUUUUUUUGUUCAUUCUUUACGUAUGUUCCUAAGAAUCGAGAAAAUGGAUUCCAAGCACAACUUCCUACGGCAAUUUUCUAAUGGAAUUUGGUGUCAUCGUCCCUUUUCAUGUAUAGAGGAAAAAAAUGAUGCUGAUGAGUGAAAAAAUAUGUUUUUAAAGAAUAAAACUCACAUUUUAUUUCGCCUUUUUAA